AUGGUCCAAAUUGACUUACCGGCUGAGUCUGCUGUUCGCAUCAGGUAUCCUACAUUGACGAAGAAACUAAGGAAAAGAAGCACGCUUGUAAUCAUAGUGGGCUUGCUUCUGCUAUGCAUUAUUACCUCCACUCAUAUAUCUCAUAAUUUCAGCGGAUCAGAUACACCUAAAUGCAGAUCAAUCUAUAUGUACCCUUCGUACGCCAGAAUUGAUGGAUUUGAUUCAAGACACACUAAACUCGCCAAAAAAUACCACCUCUACCUAUACAGAGAACAAGGUAAAGAUAAAGAGCCGAAACAUGGUGAUGAAAUACAGCUUGAUGGUAUACCUGUCCUUUUUAUUCCCGGCAAUGCAGGAAGUUUCAAACAAGCUAGAUCUAUAGCUGCGGCAAGUGCCAAUUUAUACUUUGACCAUAAAUCAACUAUUCAAAAUUCCAAUGCAAAGAACAUGGAUUAUUUCACAGCCGAUUUCAAUGAGGAUUUCACUGCCUUUCAUGGGCAAACAAUGCUGGAUCAGGCUGUAUACUUGAACGAUGCAGUACGAUAUAUCUUGUCAAUGUAUGCUCAAAGCGCUGCCUAUAAGGAAUCCAACCGCCCACUACCUAAAUCUGUCAUUUUAUUGGGGCAUUCCAUGGGAGGAAUAGUGGCAAGAUUAAUGCUUACACUACCGAAUCACAUACCAGAGUCUGUAAAUACCAUCCUGACGUUGUCGUCCCCUCAUUCAACAGCCCCCGUCACUUUUGAUGGUGAUAUUCUAAAACUUUAUGACAGGGUAAACUCAUACUGGACCUCAGCCAUGAAUGAUAUGGGCAGUUAUUUUCGAAACAAUGUUUCUGUGAUCUCCAUAACAGGUGGUAUUUUGGAUGACAUAUUGCCUGCCGAUUAUACAAAUCUCCAAGGUAUUGUUCCUGAAUCAAAUGGCUUCACUACAUUCACUACUACAAUACCGGAGCUAUGGACCCCAAUUGACCAUUUGGCAAUAGUGUGGUGUGAUCAGUUGAGAUAUCUUUUGGCAAAAUAUAUUCUCGAAAUUGUCAAUGAUGAUGCAGGAGGAAAAACCGCGACUUUAGAUAUUAGAAUGCGCAAAGGAAGAAAGUUUUUCUUGAGUGGACUUGAAAGAAUUACUGAUGCAGAUAAAUUGAUCGAUAAAAACUUAAGCGCCCCAGCCGUAGAUUUCAGCGACACAGAAAGUGUCCCUGAGAAUCAUUUACUUGUCUUAAACUCUUCUGAAUCAAUGUCCACAGGAUAUGCCUUCAAUAUUUCUAAGUCUGUCGACUAUAGCUUCGAAAUGCUCACAUCACUCGUCCAAUUCGAUAUUUUCUUUUGUAAAGACAUAUAUGGAAAGGAUUGUAUUAACGGAUUUUCAAGCUUUUCCAAAGUUCCUCACUCCACAAGUCUACAAAAAUUCCCAACUGACUCGUCAUGGGGAGAAUCGGUGUCUCCUUUUCGCUUUAUCUCAUUAAAUGGCUCUCUAUUGCAGGGUUUCCAAAUAAUAGUUUUCCAGGGCUCAAUGAAAAAGAAGGAAGACUUUGUUCUAGCAAAGUAUAGCGAUGAUAAGAGCAUUGAAACUGCAAGCGACGGAUUGUGGAAACUAUCUUUAUUCCCUUUUAGAAUGUCCUUAAAAAAUAAACAUUCUUUUGUCCAUGGCCUAGCAUUCCCAAAUUUAUGGUCCUCGCUAAUCUCCUUCAAUUUGAAAACAACUUUCUCUGACGAAAUAGAUAGCAUGUUCAGACCGAUGAUGAGACAGUAUGUUAAUAAUCCAUAUGAAACCAAAUGGCAUUUAUUGGCUGCCUCAAGUUCUCAUGAAAUCAAUAUGCACAAUAUAUCUCCCUUCAUACCACUUGAUGAUACCAUAGACAAGUCAUUAAAUUUGAUGUUCUUCAUCCCACCUGGAGAGGAAAUUUCUUUAAGACUAUCCAUAAACUGGAAACUAACAUUGAAGAUGCUUUAUAUCAGAUUCAGAUUAGCUUUUGCAUCAAUUCCAAUAUCGAUAAUUGCUUUAGUCUUAUGCUACCAGUUUUACUACUAUGACAGCCCUGAUAGUAAAUUCAUCAGCUUUGAUACUGGUUUGAUGAAUGUUUUGAAUAAUCAUAGUCUAUUAAUAUUCCUCUUUUUAUCAGUAGGACCGAUAGCAAUCAAUCAUAAGGCCAUAUUGACCUUGCUGCAUUACUUAGACCCUAUUUCUUUGAGCAAACCAAGUAGCGAUUCUCAUAUGUUGAACAAUAACUAUAUGCUGGGUCUACGUGAAACAUUUGUGUGGUGGAUUGGACCAGUCUUUUUCAUAAUCUCUGUCGCAUUAUUAUUCAUUAUUUUGAGACUCAUAAAUGUCAUCGAAUUUGCAGUUAUUAAAAUUUCCUCAGCAAUCACAAGAUAUACGCGUAUCACAUUUCCUGAUCCUCUUAACGAUAUGACACAUCAUAAACUACUUUUUAAUAACAGGCAAUUACUGGGAGUAUGUUUUAUUUCUUUGGGAGUCAUGGUCUAUGUCCCAUAUCAGUUCGCAUUCAUCCUUGUAAGCUUAAUUCAAAUGUGGAACUGCAUGAAGCUGGCAGUCUUUACAAACAGGAACAACGCAAAAUAUUCCAAUAUACACAACUAUAACGUGUCAUUCUUAAUGCUAACAAUAUUCAUGAUACCAAUCAAUGCUCCAAUAGUUGUCGUCUUCUUGCGUAAUUUUGCGAUUAGGUGGGAGACGGCCUUCAGAUCGCAUCAUAAUUUCUUAGCCAUAGCACCAACAUUGCUUCUAACAUUAAGAAAUAGUCAGUGCAAUAUUCCUAUAAUCAAGAACAGAAUGAACUGGCUGAUCGUUGUCUCAAUUCUAGGAUAUUUAUCCUUUUAUUCUUUCAUGUACGGCAUAAGAAAUUUAUACUGGGUCUACCACAUUUCCAAUAUCCUUAAUGGGGUCUUAUUCUUCCUAACAAUAUUAUGA